AUGAUAAUUGAUACAACAGAAAUAGAGACUAUCAAUUCUUUUUCCAAAUUGGAAUCCUUAAAAGAAGUCUAUGGGAUCAUAUGGAUGCUUGUCCCUAUUGUGACUCUUGUAUUAGGAAUCACAAUAGGUGUACUAGUAAUUGUUUGGUUAGAAAGAGAAAUAUCUGCAGGAAUACAACAACGUAUCGGGCCUGAAUAUGCCGGCCCUUUAGGAAUUCUUCAAGCUCUAGCAGAUGGGACAAAACUACUUUUGAAAGAGAACCUUAUUCCAUCUACAGGAGAUACUCGUUUAUUCAGUAUUGGGCCAUCCAUAGCAGUAAUAUCUAUCUUUCUAAGUUAUUCAGUAAUUCCUUUUGGUGAUCACCUUGUUCUAGCCGAUCUUAGUAUUGGUGUUUUUUUUUGGAUUGCCAUUUCAAGUAUUGCUCCCGUUGGACUUCUUAUGUCGGGGUAUGGAUCAAAUAAUAAAUAUUCCUUUUUAGGUGGUCUACGGGCAGCUGCUCAAUCAAUUAGUUAUGAAAUACCAUUAGCUCUAUGUGUGUUAUCAAUAUCUCUACUAUCUAACAGUUCAAGUACAGUUGAUAUAGUGGAAGCGCAGUCAAAAUAUGGUUUUUGGGGGUGGAAUUUGUGGCGUCAACCCAUCGGGUUUAUCGUUUUUCUAAUUUCUUCUCUCGCCGAGUGUGAAAGAUUACCUUUUGAUUUACCAGAAGCAGAAGAAGAAUUAGUAGCAGGGUAUCAAACCGAAUAUUCAGGUAUCAAAUUUGGUUUAUUUUACAUUGCUUCAUAUCUGAAUCUACUAGUUUCUUCAUUAUUUGUAACAGUUCUUUACUUGGGAGGUUGGAAUCUUUCUAUUCCGUACAUAUUUGUUCCUGAGCUAUUUGGCAUAAAUAAAGGGGGUAAAGUCUUUGGAACACUAAUUGGUAUCUUUAUCACAUUAGCCAAAACUUAUUUGUUUUUGUUCAUUCCUAUUGCAACAAGAUGGACUUUACCGAGGCUGAGAAUGGACCAACUAUUAAAUCUUGGGUGGAAAUUUCUUUUACCGAUUUCUCUAGGUAAUCUAUUAUUGACAACCUCGUCCCAACUUCUUUCACUGUAA